AUGAAGAAGGAGUUUGAGGCAUUGAAGACAAAUCAUACAUGGGAUGUUGUUGAGUUGCCUUUUGGGAAGAAACCUAUAGGGUAUAAAUGGGUUUAUAAAAUCAAACAUAAGGUUGAUGUGUCUGUGGAAAGGCACAAGGCUAGGUUGGUAGUUAGGGGUUACACUCCAAUUCAAGGGAUUGAUUUUCAUGAAACUUUCUCCCUUGUUUUCAAAAUGUGUACUAUUAGAUAUCUCAUAACUUUUGCUGUUAAAAAUGGUUGGUCCCUUUUUCAGUUGGAUGUCAAUAAUGCCUUCCUCCAUGGCGACUUGGAUGAGGAGGUGUAUAUGAAGCUUCCACAGGGCCUUUCUGUUUCUUCUUUCUCCUCUACCCCUGUUUCUUUGUGUUUUGAUGUUUCCUCUGUGGUAUCUCCUUUAAAUUUGGCUAUUAAGCUUAAGGCAGACGUUGGUGAUCUCUUGCCUCGCCCUGAUUCUUAUCGCUAUCUCAUCAGGAAACUUAAUUUCCUUACACACACCAGGCCAGAUCUGUGUUUUACAGUCCAGCAUCUAAGUCAGUUCCUCCAGUCUCCCAGAGUUCCUCAUAUGGAUACAGCCUUGCAUGUCUUAAGUCUCCUCAGUUGGAAGUCUGAAAAGCAGCCCGUUGUUUCCUUGUCUUCUACUGAAGCCGAAUACCGGACUAUGAGUAAGCUUGUCGCUGAUUUAUCUUGGCUGCCAGCUGAUAUCUUUACCAAAUCCCUCACCGGUGCUCAACAUCAUAUUUUGCUUGGCAAGUUGGGCGUGUGUCCACCCUCUAACUUAAGCAAGGGUGUUGGAAUUACGUAG